AUGGCCGACGCCGCGGCGCCCAACCGCGACCACAGCAGGACGCGGCAAGCAUCUUCCAUGUCGUCCGUGGACUGCUACCUACAGUUCGCCUCCCCGUCUCCGUCUCCGUCCCCGUCUUCUUCCCCGUCCUCGUCCCCAUCCCCGUCCGCUCCAUCCCCUACGCCCGCCGCGGCGCGGGGCCACGCGCUAGAGGAGCCACCGAAGCGGAAGAGGCCAUCACGGCGGUCCAAGCCCGUGCGGAUGUUCCAGAGCAUGUGCCGAUCGCUCCCGGUGGUGACGGCGCCGCGGUGCGGGCGACUCCUUCAGCCGCAGCCGGCAGCCGGUACACCGGCGGCGACGACAUCGCCAGCGCGGCUCUCGUCGUCCGACUCUUUCCUUUCGCACCUAAUCUCGCCGACGGGCGGCGCCGCAGGGACGUCGUCAUCGCACAGGCGCAUGACCGGCACACUCUUCGGCUACCGCGACGGCCGCGUGGCGCUGGCGCUGCAGGAGAACCCACGGUGCCGCCCCGCGCUGGUGGUGGAGCUCGCGCUGCAGACGCACGUGCUACUCCGGGAGAUCGGCACCACCGCGGGCGCGCGCAUCGUGCUGGAGUGCGAGAAGAAGCACGUCGUGGAAGAGCACGGCAGUGGCGCCGGCGAAGACGGCGGUAGCGCUGGGGGGCACGACGACGAGGGGUGGCUGCUGGAGGAGCCGAUCUGGACCAUGUUCUGCAACGGCAAGAGGGUGGGCUACGCGGUGCGGAGGGAGCCGACGGACGCCGACGUGUCGGUGCUGGAGACGCUGUGGGCGGUGUCCAUGGGCGGCGGCGUGCUCCCCGGGAGGGCAGGCGCGGACGCGCCGGACGGGGAGAUGGCGUACAUGCGGGGGUGCUUCGAGCACGUCAUUGGGUCCCGAGACUCGGAGUCGCUGUACAUGCUCGGGCCGCAAGGCGGCGACUGCCCGGAGCUCGCCGUCUUUUUCGUCAGGCUGUGA